AUUAAUAGUACUCUAAAUAAUGGAAGGCUGGAACUCCUUUAUGUCACCCUUUUUUUUAAUGUUCAUGAUUAGUAAGCGACCAUGGUCACUCGUCUGCAUUUGCAGGACAGUGAUUUGGGAUAUCUUCUAUCAUUCUUGCCAUUUUUCUGCCCCAAGAUGGAAUCUGUUAAAUCCUCCAAUCUGACUCCAAGUAGUAAGAGUAGAUUGGCACGUGCUUUUACCAAAGUACUUCACGUCCGAGCUCUAACUGGGAUAGGUCCCGUUCAUGGAAUUCAGAAAGUUAAACCACAAGAAAGGAUCAGUGAUGAUUGCACAGCAAGUAGAAGUACGGGUAGUCAAUCUGAGUCUUUUGAUAGUGGUGAAGAAGAGUUUCAGAACAGAGUCCAAUUGCAAGCAUUGGUUGCCAAAUUGUUUGCUAGCAUCUCAUCAGUCAAAGCUGCAUAUGCCCAGUUACAGUAUGCUCAAUCCCCUUAUGAUGCAGAAGGCAUUCAAGGCGCUGAUCACUGUAUUGUCUCAGAAUUGAAAGUGUUGUCUGAAUUGAAACAGUGUUACCUUAAAAAACAGUUUGAUCCUUCACCUGAAACCACAAUGCUCUUAGCUGAAAUUCAGGAGCUAAAGAGUCUUGUGGGAACAUAUCACAUAAUGGGGAAAAUAUUGGAAGCGCAAGCAAGACUGAAAGGUUCUGAAAUCGUGUCUCUUGGAGAGAAGAUUGAGGAAAUUAAAAAACAGAAUAGGUUGCUCGAGAAGCGUUUAGAUCGAAGUGGGCUGUUUUCUGUCACCGGUGAUCACUUAUCAGGAGUCAACACUAGUCAUUUCAUUAAAGUUCUUGGACAUACAAUUAAGUCUGUUGGAAGUUUUGUCCGGAUGAUGGUGGAUGAAAUGAAAUCUUCUGGUUGGGAUGUUCAUGCAGCUGCGACAGAAAUUGAACCCGAUGCUGUUUAUUGGCAUGAUAAUCAUAGGCGCUUUGCAUUCGAGACGUAUGUUUUCAGGGAAAUGUUCGAUUCCUUCCAUAAACUCAACUUUGCCCUUCCAAAUGAAUCCUUGCCGGAAGAAAGGAAACAGAAGCAGUUUUUCCUUGCAAGAUUUAUGGAGAUGAAGCUUAGGAAAGCAAAGGAUUUCCUUUCACAAAAUCCUAAAUCAACCUUUGCCAAGUUUUGUCGAGUUAAGUACUUGAGGCUCAUUCACCCCAAGAUGGAAUCAUCAUUAUUCGGUAAUUUGGACCAGAGAGGCCUAAUCAGCUCCGGUCAAUUCCCCGACACAACCUUCUUUAGCACAUUUGCAGAAAUGGCAAGAUGGGUAUGGCUCCUGCAUUCAUUAGCUUACUCCAUUAAACCGGAGGCCUCCAUCUUUCAAGUAAGGAAGGGAUGCCGAUUCUCUGAGGUCUACAUGGAAAGUGUCAUUGAUGAAGUGUACCUUUCACCUAAUGCCGACCCAGUUGUGGCACUUACUGUCAUUCCUGGCUUCAUAAUUGGUAAAACUAUAAUCCAAUGCCGGGUCUAUCUCUCACAGUAAUUUAUUAUUUAUGAGUAUCAACUAAUAAUUCAUAGUAUUGGCCCCUUCAACUCAAAGAUCAAGCUGUUUAACAAUUUAUUAUGUCUCGAAUUUGGACAAGUUGCUGCACAUACUGUGACGGAGAGACAAAACAUCCUACCUCGGCAAGGCAAUCCAAACGAGUAAGUGCAAUUUUCUAGCCAUUUUGAAGAGAAACCGCGUGGACUGAAGUGUUUUAGAUUAGUUGGCAUAUUUAUCUUGACUGAAAACCAUCCCAUCAAGUUUUGUUAAUAUCAUAUUAGGUCGGUGACAGAGGGUUGGUCUAGCUGUUGUGCAACACAACCAGACAUCAUUGCAUGUACAUAUAAAUAGCAAUAAGUAUUAUAUAAUUACAUGUAUAGUUAGAUCGAUGGGACAUGAGACAAAUAUCUCAUUUUUUACAUUACAUCUCUUCUCUCAUAGUCUAAUUAUUCGAGUCCUUGGAUUCUCUGCUAAGCUGCAACAUAUUGCCAAAAUUCUGUGUUAUGUACGUAUCUCUUUGUUUUGAUAUUGCAAGUGGGAUGCUUUGCUUUCCCAGUUCCAAGAAUCUUUAAUAGUAUGUAGUGGUUUGUUU